AAUACCUAGUUUGCCGUCCCAAUUAGACAGGCUUUUGUAUUGGAGCAACCGAAAUGGAUAUAUCAAGUUUGUAAGACAAGAAACAAAAGAUAAGAACUUUUUCAAAGGUCAAAUAUCUUUCUCUGUGUCUGUCUGUGAGCAUAGUUCAGUUGUCAGUGUUAGCGGCCAACACUCAGUGGGAUUUAGUCCCACAUCGGAUAGAUAGAAUUCUUGAGGAGAGUUAAUAAAGAGGAGGCAGACCUCACCAUACAAACCGGUUUUAUAACGAUGGGUUAGGCCUUGAUAUUCAUUAUUACUUGGUACCCAAACCUAUCAGGUCUAUCGUCUAUCGUUGGGCAGCUUUCUACAUCUUCCACGCUAGAACAAAUAACUUCUAACUAAUACUAAUGUAGUAACUAACAUGUGACUUGUGAAUCCCUACAUUGCUAUCUUUAAGUUAAUGGGGUUUAAAAUUGGUCGGAAAUGAAGAAAGGAGUGCACCCACAGAAGCAAUGGAUAUCAUAUGUUACUCAAUCGGGUCGGUUGUUGCAUGUCAUGAUGACAAAGAUUCACCCCGUUGGUAAAGUCUAUCACUUUCGAGCUAAGCGUCAAAUGGCUGAGAGUUUGGGACAGAUUGCCAAGUUCAAACGUCGUUUCGGGUUAGAAAAUCAAGAGACCAGUUCCAGCGCCAAUGCCGGUACAAGUGCAAAUGCCAUUGAGAAAAAAUGAUUUUUCCUACCUCAAAUGGAGGUAUUUGGUAUGUCUAGUUAAACUGCAUAUAUGUAUUCUGUUUCGAUUCAUAGUAACUGAUAUGUCUAGCAGUUUAAUUUUUGUGAUUAUUCUUAGUACUAUUUGAAGUUGGGAUUCUAGUUAACACUUUUUGACAUUACUGUCAAAUAAAGUCUGAUGUUAUGAACCUGUUAUACUGAUAUUUAUGUUAAAGGAGCAAAUAACUGCUUUUGAA